AUGAAGGUCAAUUCCUUGGUGAGCCUUGCGGCUGCAGCUGCGGGAGUUGCGCGAGCGGCGUCGUCGUCGGAUGAUGAUCUCGCGCUCUUUGCGAAGCGGAGGACUGCGGAUCUCGCGCAGUUUCCCGAUCCUACGUGGUUCGCCAAGAUUGAUACGUGGUUGUCUUCGCAAAAGGAUGAUGGCACCUGGUCUGAUGUAAACUAUCUGUCUGGAUGUCCUGCCCAACGUGCCAAUUGGCCGAUCCAGGAGCAUUGGAACAGGUUGAUUACCUUUGGGGCUGCGUGGAGCGGUGUCAAUCCUGUGGUUUCGAGCAGCUGGGCCAAAGACCCGAAGCUUUUGGCUGCUGUGCAGAAGGGUCUGGAUUACUGGUUCAGCAAUGAUUAUACUCCAGCUGACUGCAUGGGUGACGGAGGAGACGCAUCCAAGGGGUGUCCCUGUGGCACGCCUGGUUUGUGGAAUACGAACUGGUACGAUCAGGCUAUUCUGAUCCCUCAGCUGUGUUCAACUGCAUGCCUCCUCGUCAAGGACGCAAAUCUUACCGAGACCCAGCGAGCCGGCUGUGAGCGUAUCCCGUAUCGAGCGUAUGCUCUUAGGGACGGCACCUAUGGUACUGGUGGCCGCAUGACAGGAGCCAAUAUGGUCCUGGUUAUGCAAAACUCAGUCACCUUGGCCCUGUUUACGGAUAACAGCACGAUCUUGGCGGAUUCCAUGACUCGAGCCAUGUCUGUGAUGACUUUUGAGGAUACUGCUGGUGCAGAUGGCAUCCAUCGAGACGGCACGUUUCUGCAGCAUGACGGCCUCUUGUACAACGGCAACUACGGCAAGGACUUGUUGAAUGCCUUCAUUCAGCUGGAAGGAGAGGCGAUUGGCACCUCGUUUGCUGCGGACGACGACACCCGAGAGGCCAUGUCUACUUACAUCAAGGGCGACGAGUGGAUGAUCUACACAGACUCUGAGACCAAAACCGAGCACUGGGACUUUAACGCCAUUGGCCGCUUCGUGUCCUUCCCUACCGUCGACUUGCAGGCCAGCGCAGACAUCAACUUCAACGUCUCCAAGCUCGCCGCCGCCGUGGCCGACUUCACGGGCUCGUACGCCGUCAACGACACCAUCCGGCGCCUCCUCUCCAACGGCACCGAGAAGCUCACGGGCAACAAGGGCUUCUGGGCAAGCGACUACAUGGUCCAUCGCAGGCCCAACUUUGUCCUCACGAACAAGAUGCUGUCCACCCGGUCUGCCAACUCGGAGAGCGUCAACGGGGCCAACCCGUACGCCUAUCACAUGGGCCAGGGCACUCUCUAUUCGUACGUCACGGGCACCGAGUACAAGGACAUCAUGGGGGCGUGGGACUGGAACCUCGUUCCGGGAACGACGACCUUGCUUGACCAGCCUAAACUUCAGGCGUCUCAAGUAAAGUAUGACGGGUUGAAGGACUUUGUGGGCGUUGUCAGCGACGGCAAAUUCGGCGCCGCUGUAGAAGACUACGUCGAUCCGUUGACGCAGAAUCUGGCGUAUCGCAAGUCGUGGUUCUUUGUCGACGAGGGCGUCAUUGUCAUCACCACCGACAUCAAGAAGAACGCGACCGCCGGAAACGCCCCCGUCAUCACGGUGCUCGACAAUCGCGCUGCGGAGUCUUCCAAGACCAAGGCGUUCGUGAAGAACGGCCCCCUUGCAAAGUCGGGGGCCGUACAGCACGUUGCCACGGACACGCUCUAUUACGCAAACAACGGCUACCUUGCCUACGACACACCUUUCGAGCUGACGCUGUCCGUGGGCAAGCGCAGCGGCAACUGGUCCGAGAUUUCCACGUCGACUCAGGGCGUCGAGACCGUCGACAUCUUUUCCGCUUACACGACGAUCAAGGGCGACAAGUUCACCUACGGCUUCUUCCCGUCCAUUUCCUCCCAGAAGCUGAACAAGGAGCUCUUGGAGCCGACCUGGACGCCUAUCACCAAGAAGGGCAUCUCCGGCAUCUACGGCAAGGACAGGGCCAGUCUCGCCUUUUGGCCCGGCGGCGCCAAGUCCGUCGAGCUGGAUCUGAAGGACCUGGGCUGGGCGAGCGCCGGCACGCUGACGUUUACCUCUGAUCAGCCGGCGGUGUAUCUGCUCAGCGCGAAGUGCAAGGACAAGGGCAGCCUGCGGCUGUCUGUGACGCUGGCGGAUCCUACGCAGAAGCUCGGCGCGGCUUCGUACUCGAUCAAGAUUUCGGGACAGAAGCACAAGGUGAGGGAGAUGGGCAAGUUGAGUGAGGGGAUUGAGAGGAGGGGCGAUGGGGCGAUUGGAUUUGGGGUGAGGUUGCCGACGGGGGGGUUGGCUGGGUCGUCGAGAGCGGAAUAUUCAGGUACCUGA